CGAAACGCUUCUUCACGCCUCUCUUUUGAAGAUGAAAUCGCUGUCCGACACGCCUCUCCUUCAAAAACGAAAUGCCACCUGAUAUUCUUCACGCCUCUCCUUCGAAAAUGAAACUUCAUUUGCCGUGCUCCGUUUGUAAUCGUCGUUGAGGAAGAACUUCAUCUAUACUUCGUUCGAAAUUGUCGUCUGAAAACAAAACGAGCUUCAUUUGAACUCCGUGUGAAAUUGUCGCCUGUUCCAUUCGAAAACGAUGCUUCUUGAUCACCGGAUAUUCGUUCCAUUCCUUAAAGGUCAAAGUACUGAGGAGCAGCUACAGAAGUGGUUGUCAUUGACAUAUAAGAUGCAAAUAAUUGGUUGCUAUGCUCAAACCAAACUUGGUCAUAAUGUUCAAGGGCUUGGAACAACUGCAAUGUUUUAUCCAAAGAUAGACGAAUUUGCCAUACACAGUCCUACCACUAACCUCAAGCAAAGUGUGCAAAUUGAAUGGACUAGAUUGAUAAUUGAAGAGAAAUUUUAAUUAAAUUUGAUAUUCCAUGGAUGAUUUUUGAAGGAGAGUUUUUCGGUUGUUUUGAUGGAUCCUGAGAGAGAGAGAGGGGAGGUUAUGGGGGAGGUGCAGCGGCGGCGGAAGAGAAGUGGCGUUGUUGCCUUAUAUACAUACUUAUCUUUUUUUUCCCUUCAAUUUCAGUUCUCUGUUUUCAACGGAACUAAAAAAAAUUCCCAAAGGGAAAACGAUUGUUUUGAAUUCAAUAAAACAUAGCAAGUACUUUUUCUACUUGGGUUUUGGGGUUUUAUGAGAAAGAAUCAUAUACUAAAACAAGUUUGUUGCAGGGGAGAAACAAGUUAUAUGAAGGCCAUGAUAUGAAUACUGCAUUAUAUGUUGUUGCAUUGAAUCGCUGUUAAACUUGGAUUGAAUCAUAACAUUUAAUUCUCUACUGAUUUGGAUUUUUAAGUUUGCUAAUUUGAUGGUGAUCUUUUAAGCUGCUUCAACUAUUUCACAAGCAUUGAAUGCUAUUUUAUUUUACUCAGUAUACUGUAUCCAUUUCUUUAUGUCAGUUUUUCUCUAUUACGUGUUUAGAAUAUGUUGAAAAGAAUAAACAGUACCCUAAUGGACUUGAAGGAAAUGCAGAUUCUGGCAGCAAAGAAGAUGAAACGGAGGACACUGAUGGUGUGGAAGUGGAACAUCUACACAUUUCAGAUUACCAAGGUUUUGCACUAAUAUCUUAUUGAUUUACUAUAGUGAUGAAGCUACCAAGCAAGUGAUUGAUGUUUGAUUAAUGACAAGAGUUGUUGUACUUUUGUUAUCCAUGACAAUACCUUGUAUUUAGUUUCCUUAUAAAAAUAUAUUACCAAGGUUUAGUUUCUAUUAUACUUGUAUUUAUCCAUUCGGAAAAAUUCGAUAGAUUUCGUGUACUUGGUUUCUUUAUAAAAAUGUUAUCUAUGUUAUUGUUAUAUA